CUCUACCUUGACAAGCUACCAAUAUGCAGACAGUGACUAACUCUGGAAAAACUACAUAAAAUAUUUGAAAUAUGAUACAUCUAGAAUUUAAAUCCAUUGUGCCACAGAUACAAGACAUAAUUUCCUUAAAUGUUUUUGACUAUCUACAAAACAUUAUUCUAAUCAAAUGUCAAAGUCCUGAUGAUAAAGAUAAUUGGGAACCUGGUGAACUGACUCGCUUUAGAAUUGAUUUACAAUCUGUGGACCGCCUGUACCAUGCCCGCUGCUUCCGAGGUGCACCUCUUCGCAGCACUGUUCUUAAAGGUCACGCAACUGCAGUACAGUUCGAGUUGGUGGUUCAUAUGAAAUAUCGUGGCAAAUUCAUAUUUGUAGAAUUUAUUAUUGACUGUGCAAUACCCUGCAUUAUGGGAUUUUGGAAAAACUGUGGCAGAAUGUAUAUCACUUAUGAUGCUAACCUUUUUUUUAAUGUAAUUCAAACUAUUACAAAAAAGGACCUUAUGUACAAGUCACUUAAUGAGGAUGAAUAUUGCUUUCAAUGGGUAUAUUUAUUUAUUUAUUUAUUUAUUUAUUUAAAAAUUUGUGCACACAUACAGAGGGGUAGGAGUAGAUUCGUUUAUGAAUUAAUUUUUCGUCCACAGUUAUUACAGCCUAAUCGCCCUACUUUAAAUUUUUUGUGCCAUAGAACCAUCAGUAACAACUUGAAAACUCUAGAACAUGAUUUGCAAAUCAUGCCAGUUAUGCUGAAAAAUACUCUGACACAAUUUUCUGCUGUUCGGAGAGCCAGGGAGAUCUAUGAUUUCCUAGUGUACCCUUCGGCUUUGCCUCAAGAAGUAUUUUAGAAUGAAAAUUUUUAUUGGAGUGAUGAAGAUUGUGUUAACAAAUUUAAAAUGUGGUAUUUGUGGAUGAAAUUUGGUUAUUUACCAGGAAAUUAAUAUUUUCACUCAUUGCAAAAUUCAGUAUGGUGUUAAGGUUUUAUUACUUUGGGACAUGUCUAAAAAUUUUCACCUACUGCUGCCAAUAGUACUACUUCCUUAUUUUCCCUUCCUCUUCCUGUCUUCUCUUGUGGUCUCUGCUUUUUUUUCAAUCAAUUGUGACUUGACAGUGGUCCAGGAUGAACCACUGUCAAGUCACAGGCACAAUACAGGCAUAAUACUGUGACUUUUUAUUCUUCACAAAGUGUUUCUUGUAGAAGAGGGGGAAUAUGAAGUACAUACACCCAUGUAGCUAUAGAUCAUUGUUAAUGAAAGAGAAAUGUGCAGAACAACAAAGAUAAGAUGGAAAGUAGUGAUUCACUAAGAGAAGACAGAGCCAACAGCAUAUUUGGCUGAGCAUAUUUUCUUAUGAAAUACGCUUAGAAAAAGACAGAAAAGCUCUAGAAUAUCUGAUUGCCUCUCAAACCCCUGGUGCUGUAUGACCUCCCUUCACUCUUUCCCCUAAAUAUAACAAUAAUAAUCUGUACAGCAUUAGGAGUCUAUGGAGGGGUGGGAAGUGUUUAUUACACUUAAUUUCACUUCAAGACUGGCUUAUGUGGGAUGCAUCUCAGUCGUUCAAUGGGGAAUGUUGUAUUAUCUGCCAGGAGACUGGACAAGGGUCUCCUGACAUGGGUCUUAAUCAUGUAGAUGACCCAUUGGUAAUUAAUAAGGGAUGCUUGUAUUAUAUGCAGAUAGAUAAGAUUGUAUUCUUUAUAACUGAAAUAUAAAGAUCAAAUACAUACUUUUUUUUUUUGCUAGCUAUAAUCCUAGCAAAGCAUUACAUUUUAACUCUUACUUCAUUCUUAUUAUUACAAAUAUUAUUACCACUUCUUAACAGUCUUCUUCAUUUUUUAACUAUAUUAUAGUCUGUUAAUAUUAUUGCAUCUUAGUACAGUAUGUAUAUUACAAAGAUCAUAUCACCUGAAGAAACUCCACCCCAGUGUUUACCACAAGAAUUCCACCUCCCUUGAUCUAAUCUUCACCUGAAUAUCCCCUUGAGAGUAUUGAAAUGAGGAAUAACUCUCCUUCCCGAGUAUUCACCUGAGUCUCCUCUCUAGUGUGUUCACGUUUUCUACCUGUAAUCUUCCCUGAAGAAUCUCCACCACAACAUAACUACCUAACAUAGCCAAUUUAACCUAACCUAGGUAAGGUUGUGGUGGAGAAUCUUAGUUAGCCCUUUGAUCUCUCUGUGCCAACCUCACCUGAAGAAAUUAUCUGCCUCAGCCCUUCAGCUGAAGAAUCUCCUUCCCAGCACUACCUGUGAGAAAAAACCCUUUUCAGGUGAUCACAGCAAUCUGAUUCAUACUUGGUAUAACUUGGGUAACCAUGCCUCAUGUCAGCUUUUCAUGGUAAGCUCAAGUAACAUUACUUAGAUCUCUUGCCAAUCAUGUCAGUUUUUUCUUGGAUUUCAUUCAUAUCACACACCAUGUUCUGAAGACAGUUCAGAAACAAUCGACUUAAUGUAAUAUUUUUGUACUAUUUUCAUUUUUACAGUAUGUAUGCAUAUUUUAUUUCCUAAUCACUCAAAUUGCAUUAAAAUCAUAUUCAUAACUGUUUCAUCUCCAACCUUUAACAGAGCUAGUUCAGGUUAAAAUCUGGAAUGUGAUAUGAACCUAGCGAUCUUGGAAAUAGUGGUGGUGGAGCAGAAAUGGGGCUCAACUUUAAAAUAUCUGAGUUCUUGAUGUCUGUAAAGGGCUGACCCUCAUGUGCAUAUAUGGGUUGUUGGUCUUUGUUGUAAUGAGACGUCAUGUGAUUUUUACAUAGGGAAGCUGUAACACACGCAUGCUCUGUUUUAUUCAGCAGCCAUUGUACAUCAUUGGAUAUGACUAAACACUACUUUUGUUAUGUAAUAACUGUGAUUAUGAGGGGCCAUAUCAAAUAAUGUUAUAAUAGUGUUGUGUAUUGUAAACCAUCAAUGUAUUUUGGGUACUAAUAAAAACUUCUUAAUAUCUUUAUUAUAUAAUAAUCCAAAUCACACUUAAAGCUAAACUAAUCUAAAAAUAA